AUGUCCACACCCGCCAGAAGAAGACUUAUGCGCGAUUUUAAGCGUAUGCAGCAGGAUGCCCCCUCCGGUGUAUCUGCCUCUCCGUUGCCAGAUAAUGUCAUGUCUUGGAACGCGGUGAUUAUCGGUCCAGCGGACACCCCCUUCGAGGAUGGGACCUUCCGCUUGGUUUUACAGUUCGACGAGCAGUACCCGAACAAGCCGCCAACCGUCAAGUUCACCUCCGAGAUGUUUCAUCCAAAUGUCUACGCCUCCGGUGAGUUGUGUCUCGACAUCUUGCAGAAUCGUUGGUCUCCUACGUAUGAUGUGGCCAGUAUCCUAACCUCCGUGCAGUCGUUAUUAAACGACCCUAACAUCAGUUCGCCCGCCAACGUGGAAGCCGCGAACUUGUAUAAGGACCACAGAUCGCAGUACGUGAAGCGUGUGAAGCAGACCGUGGAGACCAGCUGGAAUGAAGAUGAGUUGGAGGAAGACGAAGAAUAG